AUGUCCAAUCUUCUUGAUCUCGACAACCUCCAGGUGCCACUAGACCUUCCUUUUCCUGCUGGCACAAAACAAGUCGCUGGAGUGGUAAAUGGCAUACAAACAGACGUGACGUGCGUCCAAUUUAGCGACAAAAUUCUGGUCACCAUAUCUCAGAACGGCCGACUUGGGCAUUGGCUACAUGUACCGCUAGAGAAUAAAAACCCAGGGGCACAGGGAUUUCAUACAUUAUCUGAAUCAGUUGAUGAUGAUCUUCUUCCAAUGAGUCGCUUGAUGGCCACCUCACUGCUUGGGGGUCGAGCUCCUGGACAUGAGACAGUUGGUCAGCUCUACGCCCGCCAGAUUGCAAGUGCUAUUGCAACAAAGACACCUGACGAGAAGCGAUUGCUUGUCGUCGGUCUCGGACUCGAAAGUGCAGAGGCUGACCGGGAGGUCUUUUUCGCCAUCAUUGAUCUCGUACUUCAAUGCAUCUGA